AUGCGGUCAAUUCAUUUGAACAUGUGUAGUGGUUUAAUAUUUAUAAUAACUUUCGUGUGCUGUGAAAACUAUGUCACAAGUCAAGAGAAUUUACAUUUAGAUAAGAUUUUUAAUCAUCCUGAACAAUCCAAUUUGGGAUUUAAUGAACUUGCUACAAAAUAUGGCCAUCCAGCUACAGAAUACGAGGUGAUCACAGAAGACGGAUACAUUCUCUCUCUGUUCAGAUUAGCCGGUGAGAGUCGCGUUCCAGUAUUACUGACUCACGGCAUCCAAGGAACAGCAGACGCCUGGUUAUUGAGAGGCAAACAAUCUCUUGGCAUCACCUUAGCUGAUAAAGGCUACGACGUAUGGAUUGGUAACUUUAGAGGCAAUCAAUAUUCCAGGCGGCACCAAUACUUGAACCCUGAUCUCGAUGACAGUUACUGGAAUUUUAGUUUUCAUGAAAUGGGUUAUUUUGAUCUUCCCGCUUUUAUUGACACAGUUUUGAAUGAAACGAAAGCUACAAAACUAGCAGCGGUCGGUCACUCUCAAGGAAAUACUGCAUUUUACGUUCUGGGCUCGACCAGAGCAGAAUACAAUUCCAAAGUUAGUGUUAUGAUAGCCCUAGCACCUAUAUGUUUUUUACAAAACACUAAGUUUCCAGUUUCAAUAGCCAUACAGAAUGCACCGCUACUGAAUGCACUGGCAAAUAAAAUUGGUCUCACAGAAGUUCUAGGUGAUAAAACCACUUUAGGACGACUCUUGUUUAAGAUUUGUUCCUUACCGCUACUUGGUUACGCCUUUUGUGUAUUUGGCUUAUAUUUUCCUUUAUUUGGUUAUGAUCCAGCGGAGUUGGAACCAGAAUUUUUUAAAGACAUAGCCACUUAUUUCCCAACUGGCGGUUCUUGGAAAAGUAUUGGCCACUAUCUACAAGUUGGUUACAGAAAGGAAUUUUCACUUUAUGACUACGGAUCCCAGAUUAAUAUGAAAGUCUAUAACACCUCUACACCUCCCGCUUAUGACCUGAGCAGAGUAACGAUGCCAGUAGCCUUAUUCAUUGGAAGAAACGAUCACCUGUCUACAAUCAAAGACGUUGAUAUUCUCAGAAACCGUUUGAGUAAUAUUGUAUCAUAUUUUGUAGUCCCUAGACUACUACUCAAUCACGGAGACUACGUGUGGGGACGACACAUGUAUGUAUACUUGUAUCCAGAAAUAUUUAAACUUUUGAGUCAGUAUAGAUAA